AUGGACAUGGUUAAAUGGGGAAUGGUCAAGGAUGUAGGAAGAAGUAUGAAUGACCCUGCCAAUGGUGAUAUGUUGGUGUCUACAAAAGGAAAUUCGCCGAGCAGGUACAAUAGUUGUGCGUUGAUUAUUCUUGAGUAUAUUUUCGACUUACGGUGUUUGAAGUCAAGUUUAUCAGGUGAGGAAGGAGCAGAAGAAUGGUUGCAAAGAUGUGAAAAAAGUUGUAGAUUGAGAUGGAUAAACUACUUGAGACCAGAUUUGAAGAGAGGAAUGUUUUCACAACAAAAGGAGAAUCUUAUUAUUAGUCUUCAUGAAAUACUUGGAAAUAGGUGGACUCAAAUUGCAACACAAUUACAAAGGAGAACAGAUAAUGAGAUAAAAAACUUUUGGGAUUCAUGUUUGAAGAAGAGGCUAAGGAAGCAAGGGACUGACCCAGCUACACAUAAACCACUAUUCAAUAUUACUGAAUCAGUUCUAAAGGAAGAGAAUGAAAAAUCAUCAAUGUUAAUGGCGACACUGUCUCAACCUCAAAGAACUAUCUUCACAGGAAUAUUAUUCAGGAACACUUCUAAUGAAUGA